AUGCUCACCAAAGUCACGACGCCGUCGCUGCUCCAGACGCGCUCCAGGGACCCGCUCGAGAGCUCGUGGCGGCAGCAUAUGGGCCACGGCCAGUGGGUCCCCGACGUCUCUGUCGACACGUGUAUGCUCUGCCGCACCGCGUUCAGCUUCUGGAUCCGUCGUCACCACUGCCGUCGCUGCGGCGCAGUGGUCUGUGACGCGUGCUCGGGGAGCCGCACCAAGUUCAUCUACAAGGAGAUCAGCCCGAAGCGACAGGCAGAAGAGGACUGCCGCGUGUGCGACGCGUGCAUUCAAGUGAUCGACGAGAAAGUGGCGCUGAGCGUGAGUCGACGCGUGGACAAACGGCUGGCCGCAGCUGCACUCGGCUCUCCAGGUGCGGCCAGUGGCCAGCAGACGGAUGCGGAGCCAGCCACCCCACUCGCGCCAGACGCAGCCGGCAACCGCACAGUCAUGACCACGGGCCGAUACCGAGCGGAGAUCAGCGAGUCGGAAGGGAAUCGAUACAUUCGCGACAUCGAUCUCUAG